AUGAAGCCUAAAAUCCUCCACAUCGGCGACCCCAUCAAAUACAACCACGACAUCUACGCCCGCUUCACCACCGAAUUCGACCUCAUCCGGCCCCCCACCGCCGACCGCCAACGCAACGCCUUCAAACAAGCCCUGAAAGACCGUCGCUGGGGCGACUUCGACGCCAUCUUCCGUCCCUUCUGGAACACCGGCGGCGAAAUGGGUCGUUGGGACGAAGAACUCAUCUCGUUGUUACCGGCCUCGGUGAAGAUUAUUGCCUCUGCAGGCGCGGGGUAUGAUUGGGUUGAUGUGGAUGUUUUGGCGAGAUAUGGAAUCCUCUACUGCAACGGCGCCGCCGCAUCCUCCGAAUCCGUCGCCGACAUGACCCUCUUCCUAAUCCUCAGUGUAUUCCGCAACCUGCGCUGGUCUCACAGCGCCGCGCAUUCCCUCAACGCGGGCCAAUUCCUCGACGCACACACCAACUCCCCCCUCACAGCGCGAAAUCCCUCCACCCAAACCCUCGGCAUAAUCGGCCUAGGACAAAUCGGCUACACUAUCGCGCGCAAAGUCCACGCCGCAUUCAACAUGCGUAUCCUAUACCAUGAUCUCAUCCGGAAGGAUAGUAAGUUAGAAGAUGCAGUGAAUGCCACGUUCGUGGAUAGUUUGGAGGGGUUGUUGGGCCAAGUGGAUUGCGUUGUUGUUUCUACGCCGUUUGCGGGGCGGACGUUGAUGAGUAGGGAGAUGUUUGGGAAGAUGAAGCGCGGAGCGAGGUUUAUUAAUGUGGCGAGGGGAGGACUGGUGGAUGAGGAGGCGUUGGUGGAGGCGGUUGAGAAUGGACAGGUAAGUGCGGUGGGGAUGGAUGUGCAUGCGAAUGAACCGGAUGUGCAUCCGCGGUUGGCGGCGAGUGGGAAGGUGAUGAUGAUGAGUCAUAAUGCGGGGGGGACGGUGGAUACACAUGUGGGGUUUGAGAGGUUGGCGAUGGAGAAUAUUGAGGGGUUUUUGUUGAGGGGGGUGGCGGUGACGCCGGUGAAUGGGCAUUUGAUUACUACUACUACUACUACUACUACUACUACUACUACUACUAGGAGUAAGAAUGGGGGGAAGGAGGGGGGAGUAAGUUGUGAUGAGGUUAGGGUUAGAAUAUAUAUGUCAUUCUCCAAGUACAGUACAUACACACGAGAAGGGUAA